CAGUGUUGAUUAACAGUAGAAUUCAAAUGGAGGGAGGAAACUCUAUAUUUGGGGGUUAUGCGUAAACAUCGCCGAUUCUAGUCUUCUCUUCCAAUCACUUCAUUUUCAUCUCCUUCUCUUUCUCUCUCUAUCUCCUUUUCUCUCUCUACUCGCGGCCGGCCGCCGUCGCCGUCGUCGUCCGCCUUUUGCAGAAGUAGUUGCUCUUUUCAGAAUCGUGUAUGGUCUUAUGCUGAAUCUUAUGUGAAGGAUUAUUUGAAAACCUAACAUAUGGAAGAGAUCUGGAUGAUUAUCGUUUCUCUUAUGACAUAGAAGAUGUUAGGAGGUUUUGUGAUCAGAGUUCAUUUUCAUUUACCUGAUGAGAAUUUAGUGAGAAAACUUUAGUUGAGUUUAUUCAAAUGGAGAAAACAGAUUCAACUGAAAAAUCACCUGUUGAUCUCGAGAGUGGUACGACAAAUCGAGUCUCCAUUGUGGAUGAAAGACACGAAAGGCCGUUGAUGUAUAGUAUAUUGAGAAGUUUGAAUUGUGUUGAUGAUGGUAAUAAUGUGAGUAGUACAACAAGAGAAGAGAGGAUUCAAGAACAAGUGGCUUUCUUUGCGAAAACAACGCCUGAGAAGGAGAAACAUAAAAGGUCUAACAAUAAAAAGGCUUCUAAACCUCCUCGGCCUCCUAAAGGACCGGCUCUUGAUGCAGCUGAUGUGAAGUUAAUUAAGGAAAUCUCUGAACUUGCUAUGAAGAAACGGGCUAGGAUUGAACAUAUGAAGUCUUUGAGGAAGAUGAAGGAGAUUAAAUCAUCUAAGCCUUCUAGGAGUAGCAUAUCUGCAAUGGCCAUUACAGUACUCUUCUUUUUCGUGAUAAUCUUUCAAGGGUUGAGUUCAAAAGUGAAUUCCCAUAAUGUGAGCUUUCAAGGGUCUCCAGAGCCGUCGAUGGCUGCAAGCAGUAUGAUAUUAAUCAAGUUUUUCGAUAACCCAUCUCGGAAUCAUGACAAUACACCCAAUUCGGAUUCUCCUUACUCUGUGGAGCAGGAUUCUGGAUAAAACUUGAUUGCUUGGAUUGAAGAAGGAAUUAAUUUUGAGCCUGAGUUUGUUGUAUGUAUAUAUAUUUGUUGUCUUUAUUAAGCCAUAAACUUCUUCUAACCAUCACUAUUAGAGUAGAGAUUAUGGCUUCUAAUUCAAUUGUUGUUUUUGUACUCAUAUUAGUCAGGUUCUUUCUCAAUCUUUCAUAUGACAUUAGCAGGUCUUUGUUUUAUUUGGAUUAUUUUAGAUUAAUUUCAGAUCAACUUCCAUCUUGUUCA